UCUCUCUUUGUCAUGAGAACAGCCACAAACGAGUGUCAAUUAGAUUGCAUUUUGUGGAUAUGUGAAAACAUCGCUCCACUUUUUGAUGCCAAAAAUCAAUCAGGCACGAAGAGUUUAUUCGUAUUUGCCAUCAUCACAAUUUGCUUAGUUUGAUAUUUGCAGUGUUUCUCUGAUGAAUUUUUAAAUUCAAUAAGAUUGAAAUGAAAUUUCCAAUUUAAUUGGAAUUAAAAGCAAUUUUUGAUCUGUAUCUAUAAAUAAUGAUCAGCUUCUAUUUAUGUCAUGAUUCAUUGUCUUGUGAUCUGAUGAUGCUUGUUAAAUGUAUUUUGUCAACAAUUUCCAAGCGAUUCGAGUCGAAUAAAAUUCUGCCAUUCAACAGUGUCAAAAGGGAAGACAAAAACAUUGAAAUGAGCUCAUCUCAGAGUCAUCAACGUGGGAUGAAAUGCAAAAGCUAUGAAAAAUGGAAAAACAUUCGAUUAAAAUGCAAUGUACACACUGCAGCCAUCAAAUUAGUCAUUGAACAUUGGGGUCGUGUAGUAUCUUACAAUAUUGUCAAUACCCUAGAUAUGCGCUUAGGAAUUUCAACCUUGGUGGCUUCUGGUAGAUAUGUGGUGAAUUCAUAUCAUCAGUCUAUUUGA